CUUUCCAUCGCUCCUUGCCUCGCCCCCGUCCUCUUCUUCAGCACAACAAACACGCUACACGAGCCUCGCACGCCCUCAGCUCUGCCUCCAGGAAGGGAUCGGCAGCCAAAUUAAAUUGCACCGCGCUGGUCCUGGGGCCAAUAGGAUCGGCCCUGCGCAAACGGCUUGCGUGUGUCUCCACCACUCGCCCUGUCCUGACUGCUCCCACUUGCCGGGCCUGUCUGCUGCGCCGACCUCCUGUCGAAGCAGCGUCUCAGCAGCCUGUCUCUCUCUCUCUCAGUGUGUGUGUGUGUCUUCUCUCUUUCUGAAAUUGCCCAUCGAACCGCCCAAUAAUCUCGCCCUCCUACCACACAAACACAACAACAACACCACGCUCUCUUUCUCGCCCUGACCAUCGCUUUCUCUGCCCACUCUGCCGCGAAUUCGGACGUUUCUUUCGUUCGCCAUCGCGUCUGUCACUCAUUGAUCGAAUUCGUUUCGCUUCUCCACAUAGGGCUUGCGCAGCCCUUUCUUUUUCGCCUGGGCCGUAAUUCACUCCUUUGGUUCGACGCUUCUUUCGCCUGCUGAGCGCGCUGGCUUCCCCCAAGCACAUGCCAUUCGGACCACGUCUUUCCCCUCGAUAUUGUCUACCGACGGCCAGACGACGGUGCUGAACUGAUUUCUGCGGCCAUUCGUUUGUCGAACGGCACACUGCAGGCAGACAGCCAGAGCGGGACGGACUGCAACUGCGUUUCGCCAACAACAACUGACGACCAUUUCUUUGUUCUUUUCGCCUUCGCUUUAACCCGCUGUUCUUACGGUCCAGCAACCCAUUUUUUGUUUGUCGCGCCACGAUUACGCCGAUACAGGUGCCGCGGCCUCCGUUCAAACCGAUCCGACGCUCGUUAUUCUUCUAUUGAUACAAGCCAUGGCGUCAUUACCGUACUCCGAUGCCUUCUCGCCCGCAAACUCUUUCUUCAAGCGCUGCGUAACAUGUCCCAACACGGCGCCUACGUGCCCCUCCUGUAAGUCGGACGAAAUAUGUUCUCAAACCCUCGGCGACUGCGAAACCUGCCCCACGGCAUCGUGUGUUAAAGCAGCUACAUCUGGCUCUCUUGUUGGCACAAGUUCCAAGUCGAGCGGACCCAACAUUGGCGCCAUCGUCGGCGGCGUGAUUGGUGGUGUGGCCCUGAUCACUCUCAUCGUGUUCUGCAUCUGGAAGUACUGGCUCAAGGGACGGCGGCACGAAGUGGAAAUCGAGGAAUGGGAGGACGACGAGGAGAUGGAGAAGUCAAAUGCUUCAGUAUUCACUCGUGAGGCACGGUCGCGGGCUUCGACGCACACCGUCGCCUCGUUGGCAUCCACCGUCCUGACGAGGGCGUCGAACAUCAUUCAAAUCGCGUACAUACCCGGUGUCACGAACCGCUCUGGAAACACUGGCCCCGAUCUGCUUGUUCCGCCCGUUCCGCCCAUUCCAGCACAGACACCCCCUACUCUUCACUCAAGAUUUGCAGACGACCAGCUGUUGUUCAUGCCCGGCGACCUGCGAGACUCGACGUACUCGGACGUAUCUUCCGUAAGCGGCGAGCGUAGGCCCGGCAGCAUCGCACCCAGUCUGGCACGUACAAGUAUGGCUUCGACUAUCUUCAUGGAUAGUGCCGUUGUGAACCCUAUGCCGGCGACCCAGAUCAUUGGCGGCAAGGCGGCUAUCGUCAGUGUCGGUAGCAAAGGAUCCACGCCGGGCUCGACACCACCCGUUCCUUCUGUCGACUUUGCCAAGCAUGGAGGUAAGGCCGUCAAGCCGGUCAUCAUCAAGAUGCCUUCGUCGACGGACGGUUCUGGAUCUGCUACCUCCUCGCUCAAGACCAUGAAGCCUGUCGCUCUGAACAUCAUACGAAAGGACAAGAAGGCACCUUCAGACGUUGCAUCAGUCGACUCGUCCGCACUCGAGUCGCGAGACUCCAAGCGCAUGACCAAGUCCUCGCUCGCACCUUCUGAGAUGAGCGUCGAGACACACAGGCGCGCUCGCCAGAGCGGCUUGACGCACAGGUCCAGCAGGCACACGACGUAUUCGGAUCUCAGCGACGACGAUGACGAGCACGAGAGGUCGAGACAGUCUCUGAUGGACCGGAGAAACGAGUCGCCAUUCACGGAUGCUGCAGAGAUCAAGACGCCCACAACACCUUCCGUACCGGGCGGCUCGCCGCUGAAGAUUUCAACGCCAAGUUCGUCAAAGGAGGCUGCUGAGCGAGGCAAGAGCCCAUUCGAGGACCCUGAGAGUCCAACGAAGUAGCCCCUCUCGCGUCUUUGAUCCUGAUGUUCACUUUUGUUUGUUUGAGGAAUUCUAUUCUCCACACGCGGUUCACAGGCGCUACGUGGAGAGAUGAUGUCUCUACCUCCAUGCUCAACCGUUUUGCACGCCAUCCUCUUACGCGUCUCUCACGAUUCGGACUAGGGCGGGAAGGAGUUAUCUUAUUCGACUCCCUGUUUCUUUCACGGACCAGUUUCUGGGAGGCGGGUAUGAACACAACACAGGCAGCCGAGCGCGAUUUCCAUUUCAUACAUUUUUUUUUCUUUUCUCAAUUUAGAGGGGAGCGCAGGAACGUCCACCUUUUGCGGGGAUCACGCUACGAAUGAACAAAGACCCGAAACAGCAGACACAAGCGGAAUCUGGAGAAGCAAGGCGGAGGAGAGACCGUCAAGAGAUGAAAUGAGCGACCUCGUUCUCCUGACGGAGGGAUCCAACGAGGUGAAGAAAAAAGGACCCAAGAGCUUUGUACCGAGAGAGAAGAGAAAAAAAGAAUUUUUUUUCUCUCUCGAGAUGACGACAAGAGAGCAAGCACAGUCUUCUUUUUCUUCUUUCUGAGCUUUCGAAUGUAUAUAUUGGCUCCUUUGCUGGGAGAACGCGGUCGAAAUGCGACGCAAAGAUCUUUUUUUUUCUGUUAUAUAAUGAAAGAAAGCGAAGCCUUAUUGAUCGAA